AGUAGGGCGUAUUUAUAUGUAACGCCUUGAUCGGACAGAUUCAUAAAUUAAGUUUUACAAGGAACUACAUUAAGUCUAGCGGUCUAUUGGAUUCUUUUGAAUUGUUGAAGCGUAUGUAGCCUUUGAGAUUCCCGUCGAAUUAAAUCAGCAUGCUCCCUCGCGCUCUGAGUGGUGCUGAUGUGUGCCUGAUGAAGCGCUGCUCGUCACAGGGAGUCUUCAGGACAGGGCGCAGGUUAGUUUUGGGUAUCGAGACGAGCUGCGAUGAGACCGGAGCGGCUGUGCUGGACGACACUGGACUGAUUCUGGGCGAAUCUUUGCAUUCUCAGAAACUGACACACCUUGAGACGGGUGGAAUUAUCCCAACUGUGGCCCAGCGCCUACACAGAGAAAACAUCUGUAGAGUUGUCCAGGAGGCCUUGGACAGAAGUGGCAUUGAACCCAGUGAACUCACAGCUGUGGCCACAACAGUGAAGCCGGGGCUCGCUCUUAGCUUAGGGAUCGGCUUGGAUUUCAGUCAGAGGUUUGUGAGACUUCACGAAAAGCCGUUCAUCCCUAUACACCAUAUGGAGGCACACGCCCUCACUGUAAGAAUGCUACACCCCGUAGACUUCCCUUUUCUUGUGCUCCUUGUCUCUGGGGGUCAUUCUCUUCUUGCAUUGGCCAAAGGAAUAGAUGAAUUUCUUCUGCUGGGGCAAACAUUGGAUGUAGCAGCCGGGGACACUUUAGAUAAGAUUGCUAGAAGACUUUCUCUUAGCAGUCACCCAGAGUGCUCGUCUUUGAGCGGUGGACAGGCCAUAGAGCUUCUGGCAAAAGAAGGAGAUCGAUUCGCUUUUCAUUUCAAGUCACCCAUGGGGCAGCUCUACGACUGCAAUUUCUCUUUUGCUGGUUUGCAAAACCAGGUGACACUGGCAAUAAGCAAAAAAGAGAAAGAAGAAGGUGUUGAAAAAGGACAGUUAUUAUCAUGCGUCAAAGACAUCGCCGCUGCCUCACAACACACCGUGGCGUCUCAUAUAGCCAAACGAACACAUCGUGCCAUUUUGUUCUGUAAAUCCAAAGGUCUUCUACCACAGCAUAAUCCAACUCUGGUUGUUUCAGGGGGAGUAGCAAGUAAUGAAUACAUCAGACGGACUCUGAAAAUUGUCACAGAUGCCACUGGAUUACAUCUGCUUUGCCCUCCAUCAAAGUUUUGCACUGAUAAUGGAGUCAUGAUUGCAUGGAAUGGUGUAGAGAGACUAAAGCAAGGAAAGGGGAUCAUGUCCCACACCGAAGAGGUCAACUAUGAACCCAAGGCACCACUUGGAUUAGACAUUACUUCAGAAGUUAAAGAUGCUGCAAUCAAAAUUCCCCCAUUAAAACUGAAGAUAAAUUCUUGACAUUGUGUUGAAAGGACAUUUCCUACAUAUUAAUAAAUGAUUAUUUAUUAAAAGAAAUUCAAA